UGGCCGACACAGAGCAAAAGGGUUGAAGGUCACUGCUACCGAAAACAUAUAACAACAGACAAGAGAGAUCCAGCUCAUCAUACUUCUCGUUUUCUAUCUUGCCUUUAGAUCUCCAGAGGUUUACAAAGCCCCAAAUACACAGAGGCAAAUACACAAACACACCAUUCCCCACGCAGAAACACAUAACCAAAGCCUCUGUCCUUCCCUUUCCCUCUCUCUCCCCCUCUCUCUCACACAUACUCACGCACACACACACGCACACAUUCUCUCUCCACCCCUUCCACCUUGUUGUUAUCUGUGGCUGGGAGAAACAUCUAGAUCUACAAAUAUUAAUUACAAAGGACAACAAAAGCAGACCAUGCCUUCCAUCAGCAGUGACCGGGCUGCCCUGUGCGCCGGCUGCGGGGGAAAAAUCUCCGACCGUUAUUACCUCCUGGCUGUGGACAAACAGUGGCACAUGCGCUGCCUGAAGUGCUGUGAAUGUAAACUCAACCUGGAGUCCGAGCUCACCUGCUUCAGCAAGGACGGCAGUAUUUACUGCAAGGAGGAUUACUACAGGAGAUUUUCGGUGCAGAGAUGUGCGAGAUGUCACCUGGGGAUUUCAGCCUCUGAAAUGGUCAUGAGGGCCAGGGAUUUGGUAUAUCACUUAAACUGCUUCACUUGCACCACUUGCAACAAGAUGCUGACCACCGGCGACCACUUCGGCAUGAAGGACAAUCUGGUGUAUUGCCGCCUCCAUUUCGAGACUCUCAUCCAGGGGGAGUACCAGGUGCAUUUCAAUCACUCGGAUGUAGCCGCUGGGAAGGGCCCAGCGUUGGGUGCGGGCUCUGCCAAUACUUUGGGACUGCCUUAUUAUAACGGCGUGGGGACUGUCCAGAAAGGGAGACCCAGGAAAAGGAAGAGCCCGGGGCCUGGGGCAGAUCUGGCGGCCUACAAUGCAGCUUUAAGCUGCAAUGAAAACGAUGGUGACCACCUGGAUAGAGACCAGCAAUACCCCAGCAAUCAAAAAACAAAGCGUAUGAGGACAUCAUUCAAACAUCACCAGUUGCGGACAAUGAAGUCAUACUUUGCUAUUAACCACAAUCCUGAUGCCAAGGACUUGAAACAGCUAGCUCAGAAAACUGGCCUGACCAAAAGAGUUCUUCAGGUUUGGUUUCAAAAUGCUCGAGCCAAAUUCAGACGGAACCUCUUACGUCAAGAAAACACAGGGGUGGAUAAGACUUCAGAUUCAACACUCCAAGCAGGGACCCCAUCAGGUCCUGCAUCAGAAAUAUCCAAUGCCUCCAUGAGUCCAUCCAGCACUCCCACUACUUUAACGGACUUGACUAAUCCUACUAUGCCUACUGUGACAUCUGUCUUGACGUCAGUGCCCGGAAGUCUUGAGGUUCAUGAAUCCCGAAGUCCUUCACAGACAACUCUUACAAAUCUUUUCUGAUGACUCUUUCUUAAUAAUUUCUUUAAAAAAGAAAUUAUUAUUAGUUGAAAUUCCAAGUGUAUUUUAAUAGAGGCUUUGAGCAACUGACUAACCACCAUUAGGAUCUCUCCUAAGCAAACAGAAGGAAAUGUAGUGUUCUGGUAUUACAGAGUAUGGACUGAAGAAUAACUUGGAAGAUCUAUUGCAACACAACAUUUGUGUAACUGUACAGUUUUGUGGACUGAGCAAGGGAAACAGCAAUUAAUUUAAGUUGGCUAAAGCUUCUGUAUUUUCAAAGACUGCCAUGUGCCUUAUACACUGUUUUAUCUACAUACUUUGAAUUCCAUGUCCACUUCUCUCUUUUUCUCUCUGUAUAUUUAUGACCAGGGCAAAAAUGCUAAGAGUUUGUUACUUUGAAUAGUCCUAAGUCUUUCAUUGGUUGUUUUGUUGUUUUAGAAAUUUAAAGUCAAAGUCUGUUUGAAUACCAGAAUUUGUAAAAUCUAACCAAUAAUAAAACCACUUAUGGAAACUACUUCGUAAUGACUACAGUUACGUCUAAUGUGAAUUUCACAAUCAAGAUAGGCUGACUGUAUUUAAAAGGAUUAGAAAAUUGCACUUCAAACAUUAUAUCUGCCUAGAAUAACUCUAACGUGAUGUAUACAUUCCUCCUGUUCCUAAAGUAUAUAUGGGUGAGAAGUCUGCCUCGUGCAACAGUCUAGCUAUUUUCGGUAUAGAGAAAUAAAUGUUAGUUGCAGAUAGAAAUCGUCAGAUACUGUUAAAAUUCAAACAGACAAAAUAUACUUAAUUUUGUUGUGUGAAAAAAGCUUGACUUCAGCUGGCAUUUAUGAAAGCAGUCUUGCUUUAGCAAAAGAGAUGGCUUGUCCCCUUCCACGGUGGAGGCAGGCGAGGUACCUGAUGGCUGUGCGGCCACGAGCGCUCUGUUACAGAGGUGGCAUUAGGUAAUAUUUUCCCUAGGAAAAAGACAGAUGUAUUUCAGGUAAUUUUACAAAAUUGGUGGGCAAAAAUGAGGCAAAACUAUGUUUUACGAAGUCACAGCCUUACUUUUUUUUUUUUUUUUUUUUUUUUUUGUAAUGCUUUGAAGGAAUAAAAAGCCAAGGAAGAAUAUUACAUUAUCAUCAAUACCAAUAAAAGUGAUUAUUCGUUUAACUGUUAUGGACCUCUCAAUAUGACUGAAUUCAUUCUCCAGGAGAAAAAAAACAGUGCAGAAUAUAACUGAUAUUUUGAGUUCUUUUUCCUAUUGUUCUUAAAGAUGCUUUUCUGUAAUUAAAGAAAUACCUCAGCAAAGUUUAAACAUGUGUAAGAAUGAGUAUACACUCUGCUGUUUGCCCAGUAGUUUUAUAGACAUUGAGUUGCACAUCACAUGUGUGUGGUUGUUCCUUUCCAAAUCCACUGCAGUCCGACUGUUUUCGGUCAGUGUUACGUGGCUCUCUAACGCUAAUCCGUCAUUCCCACUGGAUCAAAAUUAUAGGUGCCAGGAUUUGUGUUCUUUGCCCUUUUUGGAGUACUGAAGAUGAUUUAUUGGGCCAGACCUUUUGGCAAUGAUGUUUUGGUUUUAAAAGCACUGUAUUUGUUCAGCUUUCUCAGCUGAAAAUUUGCCAUUCUUGUGCAAGCCACAUUCCUUUCAAGCUUGGCUGGAGAUCUCAGAGAAGGAGGACUGUGGGAUAGAAGUGCUGACAUAAUCAAGUCAUUUAUUAACCUUUUUUCAUGCUUUUGCUUAAAAAAAUUCAGGUGAGUUCUGAAAGGCAAGAUAGUCCUAAAAAUCAUAACUAGCUUAGAUCUGUGAAGGGGAUUACAUUCUGCUCUCUAAAACUAAUAGACUAGCAUAGCUCUUUAUGUUCAUGCACAAUCUUGGAACAUUUUAAAAGCUAAUUCAGGUUUAAUUAUUUGCCCUUACAGAUUUUUUUUUUUUUUUCCUCAUAACAGAAAUGUCUGAUAAGUAAAUUGUACUUGUUAUAAACUGUAAAAGAGAACCUAUCUGCCUUUUGAAGAUACUCAGGCACAGAGAUUCUGCUGUGUGUAAAGUUUUGCUCAUUGUCAACUACCUUGGAGAUUCUUAUUUUUAUUUUUUACAUGCUUAGCUGUUUCUUUUCUUGAUUUAAAAGGCAAUGUUGGUCCAGUGUUAAAUGGAUAGAGCCCGUAAUUAGAAACGCUGCGUAUUAACCUGUAAGAAGUUUUAAAAAACAGAAGUGCUACGGCUCAUAGAGCAGACAACAAUUCCAAUGGUUCUCAUUUGUGACCUUGUGUUUUAACUACCUGAAUCCACACAGCUGGAAAUACCUUUCAAAACCAUUCUCAAUAUUGCCUUUUCAAAUGACUGAAAUUUAUGAAGGGGAAUCCUCUGGUGUUAAUAUUACCUGAAACCUAUAGGAGACAAUUAGAUAAAUUGUCCAGUUUAAUCAAAUCAGGGAUUUUGCAUAUAAAUAAGAGACAAUAUUCUACGUAGGGUCUUUAUGUAGGUGCAUUAGGAUUCACUCACUGGCUCCGAUGACCUAUGUUGUCCCCAUGAUUGUUUCAAUCCUGUGGUAUUGUUUGGUUGUUUAGAGCUUGUUGGUUUUGAAUGCUGUACAUUUUUUUACUACUGCAAUCCUAAUGUUUCUUCACAUACUUGUACAGUUCCACAUUUGAUGUAAUAGUCUGAAAUUCUGUUAAAAACAUGAACAAAAAAUGGAAAUGAUAUUUCUUUGGAAGUGUAUUUUUACUGUAUAUCUAAUUUGAUCUAGUUGAACAUACUUCUUUACAUUUUGCAUGAUAGGUGUGUAGUUCAUUUUUUAAAUAUGAAAGAGACUAAAGAGUAACUUAGAAUGAGAAUAUAAUGAAACCUAUAUAUGGAAAAUACAUACAAUGAUUUGCUACCUUUUGACUCAAGAAACUUUUUGAAAUACACUUUAUCUAGUUUAUUUAA